GGCCUCCGCGAGAGUCUCGCGAGAGUCUCGCGAGAUCCGCCCAGCCGCCAUCUCGGUGGUGCGGAGGCGGCCGGCGGUCACCGGGACGAAGGGUCGCUGUGCCGCCAUGCUGUCCCGUCUGGUCCUCCGCGCCGCCCCGGCCGUGCUGAAGGGCCUCCAGGGCCUCCCGCCUCCCGUCUGUGCAGGCGUCUUGCACGUCGCGAGGCCGCUUCACACCGCUCAGCACCGCUUGGCUCCUGUGCCUCCGCUGCCGGAGAAAGGAGGAGAGGUCCGGCACGGCCUGAUCCCUGAGGAGUUCUUCCAGUUUCUCUAUCCUAAAACCGGGGUCACAGGGCCUUACAUGUUGGGAACUGGACUCCUGCUUUACUUACUCUCUAAGGAAAUCUAUGUCAUUAACCACGAGACAGUUGCAGCUGCCUGCAUAUUGACAGUCAUCAUUUAUGCCGUUAAAAAGUACGGUGCUGAUGUAGCAGCUUUUGCUGACAAACUUAACGAGGAGAAAGUUGCUAAAGCUUUAGAGGUGAAAAAUGAAGCAAUAAAAGCACUGGAAACUGCCAUCGAGGAGGAGAAAAAGGAGCAGUGGAGAGUUGAAGGCCGCAGUUACCUCUUUGAUGCUAAGAGGAAUAAUAUUGCAAUGCUGCUGGAAGCCAAUUACCGAGAAAGAUUACUGACAGUAUACAACGAAGUGAAGAAAAGGCUGGACUAUCAGGUGGCUCUGCAGAACUUAAAGCGUCAGAAGGAGCAAGAUCACAUGGUUCAGUGGGUGGAGAAGAGCGUUAUUCAGAGCAUCACGCCUCAGCAGCAAAAGGAGAGCAUUGCAAAGUGCAUUUUGGACCUGAAGGCACUUUCAAAGAGCGCCCAGGUGGCGGUGUAGCCACGUAGCACCUGAUUCCUCUGAGGUGUCCCAUUACUUGUUGGAAACUCUGACUGUAAAAUGUCAUUAAAACCAACCAACAAAAAUA